GUUGGAUUAAAUACGCGAGGACCCGAAAGUGACUUUUAAAACCUUCGUCGUUGCUCUCGUCUAAUUCUCUCUUUCUCUUAUUUCUUAUUUCCGCAGAAUCUUGGCGUUCUGAAAUUUGCCUUCACAUCGAACCCACUUUCCUUAUUUUCUCUUUACCAUUCGGAAUCUCACUCUCUUCCUUCCUCAUCCUAUUUAUUUCUUUAUUUCCUUUCCUUCACCCUCUCCUCCCUCACUGUUUCUUCAUCUUUUUCUUCUCCUGCAAACAAAAUCUGAAUCUGAAGGGGCCACCAGAGAAAACACGAUCCAAUGGGUUCGGUUCCGCCAGAACUGAGCUUGGAUUUAAGACCCUCCUUUGUCCCCAAAACCAUCACAGAUUUCCUCCGCCACCUCUCUUCCGCCACCGACAGGCUCGCCACUCUUCACGAUUUCCUCGCUCGCUUGGAAGACGAGCUCCGCAAGAUCCACGCCUUCAAGCGCGAGCUUCCUAUCUCCAUGCUUCUCUUAAACGACGCAAUUUCACUCCUCAAGACGGAAUCGCAGAAAUGCCGGCCGCGUGAUUGUCCACCGGUCUUGGAGGAGUUUAUCCCUUUGAAGAAAGAACGUGAUCAGAAUGAAGGAAAUAACUAUAAUCAUAAUGACAUGGAUAACGAAUGCAGAGAUAAGAAGAAUUGGUUGAGUUCGGUUCAGCUUUGGAAUAACAGUACUACUAAUAACAAUGCAUCUGAUCGGAAACAACACCACCAACAACAACUUCAUAAAUUAGAAAAUAAGAAAAUUGAAGAGGGGCAAUCUGUUGGUGAGGAUCCUUUUCAGUCGUGCAGCAAUAGAAAUGGAGGAAGAAGGGCUUUUAUGCCUUUCUCCAGGUACUCUUCUUCUUCAUCUUCUGUGCCGGUGGCAACAGCGGGACUGGGUGCUGCAACCAAAGAAGAGAAGGAAGAGAGUGUUAUGAAUAGGCUUUCUCUUCAGACCCCUUCUGUGAAAGAGGGGUGUGGUUCAAGGGGAUCCAGAAGCAGUUCCAACAGGGCUGUUUCUUCUUCUCCUCCUACGGUGCACCCCAGUUUGAGGGCAUCAUCGCUUCAGCAGACUGCCAGGAAACAGAGGAGAUGCUGGUCCCCUGAAUUGCACAGACGAUUUGUUAAUGCUUUGCAGAAACUAGGAGGUUCUCAAGCAACACCAAAGCAAAUUAGAGAGCUGAUGCAGGUUGAUGGCCUGACGAACGAUGAAGUGAAAAGCCACUUACAAAAAUACAGACUUCAUACGCGGAGAGUUCCAGCAGGAAGUGGUAAUCAGCCAGUUGUAGUUCUUGGAGGUUUGUGGAUGUCUCAAGAUCAGUACAACGACUCCUCAAAAGUUAGCAGUUCAGGGUCAGGUUCUCCUCAAAGUCCCCUUCAUUUGACUGCAGGGUCUCGAGGAGGAACGUCCCCAACGGAAGGUGACAGCAUGGAAGAUGAUGAAGAUGCAAGAUCCGAGAGUUAUAGUUGGAAAAGUCAUAUGCACAAACCUGGAAAAGUUGAUGUAUAGGAUACUACUCUCCACCAUGAAUUUUGCAGAUAAAAGUAUACAUGGGAGGAGUUUUACGACUACAUAAGAAUAAUACAUGAUACAUAUAAAAGAGGGUAAACGAAAAGAGGCUGUUGGAGUUUCUGAAGGUUUAGCUUGCCUUCUAUACUGCGUGAGUUUUUCAUAUGAGACUCCCAAUUAAAAUAUCCUUUCCCUUCACUUUCAGAAGCUGGGCAUUUUUUCCAUACAUUAAAAUUCUUUCAUUUCUUUCUUUUGUCACGAGAACUCUCUGACGCACCGCAAGAAAUUAAUCAGUCCAAUAUUUAGAUGGGUCUCUGCAAGUUUGUUGGCUGGAACAUUGGCUUCUCAACUCACUCGAAUGUUUCUUUCUCAUACUUUUAUUUGCACAAAUAUUUCACUU